CCUAAUUGGACCGACCAACUCAAACGCAAUUGCACAAAGUGUCAAAACUUCGUCAUCUGCCGCCAAUUCAUGUCCAAGUCCCACGCGCCAACUAAAGUCGUUCCCGAGUUAAUUAGAAUUCUACAAAACUUCAAAAUACAACUAAACGCAUCACAAGAUCUAAACUUCGGUUGAAUCGAAGAUUUCUGUUCUGUUUCUUUUUGUUCUUUCAUGGCGGAAAGCUGUAACUCAGGCGCUACACUGGCAGUUUCGUCAAUAAUAAUAUUGAUAUGUUUAUUUUUUAAUAAUCUCAAUCUAAUUCCAGUAGCGGAAGCUAUAUGGUUAACGAUUCCUAGUACAGGAACCAAGUGUUUAUCGGAGGAGAUCCAGAACAACGUUGUUGUUUUGGCCGAUUACUAUGUUAUUAACGAAGAUCGACCGGAACACACACCUACUGUCUCUGUUCGGGUAACAUCGCCGUAUGGGAACAAUCUUCACCACGUUGAAAAUGUAACACAUGGUCAGUUUGCAUUUACAACCACAGAAGCUGGUAGCUACAUGGCAUGUUUCUGGUUGGAUACUCAGGAGCAACAUGUGGAAACCACUACUUUGAGUCUAGACUGGAAAAUUGGAAUUGCAGCAAAGGAUUGGGAUUCAGUGGCAAGGAAAGAAAAGAUUGAGGGUGUUGAACUUGACCUAAGGAGACUUGAAGGAGCAGUGGAAGCCAUUCAUAAUAAUCUAAUCUAUCUCAAGGGAAGAAUGUGCAUGUGGUCAUGCUGCGGUCGAACUCACACUUAACCUUCCUUUCAUUGCCACCAACUUGCAGGGAAGCAGAAAUGAGGGAAGUUAGUGAAAGAACCAAUGCGAGAGUAGCGUGGUUUAGUAUCAUGUCCCUUGGUGUUUGCAUUGCGGUUUCUGGUUUGCAGCUGUGGCAUUUAAAGCGUUACUUCCAAAAGAAAAAGCUUAUCUAAAUCAUACUCUGCAAUUGUGAUUGGUAGAAAACUGUCUUUAAUGGUUGUUGCACUAUAGCGUUUUGCUUCCUCUUGAUUUUAUUCCUGUUUUUGAGGUGGGCAGCAAGCGAGUUGAUGCCUUCUUGGUUGGUGGUCAAGAAAGAGGAAAAUGUUAAAGAGAUAGCAUACUGACUUGUUGAUUCCAGAAAUGAGAAGGCAAUUCAUAUUGACUAUUGUGCCUAUGUCUAUAUGAGAUUGGUUUGAGGAACCUGAUUUCCGUGAACUGGAAAUAUCAGUUGCCACCUUUUCCUUCACUAUCUGUGUAAUGAUCCCAAAUCUCUUAUUAGGCACUUAAAAAGGGUGCAUUUCUUCUCUUUUGUUUCCCCCUCAAUGAAAAUAUAAAAAUUAUAACUAACCGUUGGGAUAA